AUAGAAGAGUGAGAUGUGAAACUAGAAUGGAGGCGGCGACAAAUCAGAAACAUUAAUCCCUCCGAAGUUUUCCGACUUAAGCAUGAUUUUGUUGGGUUCAUAUUCUUUGACUUCAAUUCCCUCAUCUCCUAUAUCUCUCCGCCCCCACUCCUCUGUUGCCCAUGGAAGAAUGGUGCAGUGUUCGCGCAGAUGCGAGCUUUUCGAUCUGCAUCAGGAACUGAUCCCUUAUGACGUGGCAUGGUCUUGGCAAAAAGACAUCGUCAGGGAAAAGAAAUCACAGAUUGAGAACGAAGGAGAUUGCAGCGACACACUCAUUAUUCUGCAACACCCUUCUGUUUACACAUUGGGUACCGCUAGUACACACCACAACCUCAACUUUGACAUCGAAAAUCCACCCUUUCCUAUUUAUCGCACUGAACGCGGCGGAGAAGUUACGUUCCACGGCCCUGGCCAGCUAAUUAUGUACCCUAUUAUCAACCUCCGAAGACACAAGAUGGAUCUUCAUUGGUACCUCCGGACCCUUGAGGAGGUCGUUAUUCGUGCUCUUUCUUCAACAUUUUCAAUUCAGGCUUCUCGGGUAGAAGGUUUAACUGGUGUUUGGGUUGGAAACCAGAAACUGGCAGCUUUAGGUAUACGAGUGGCUCAUUGGAUAACCUAUCAUGGCUUAGCGCUGAAUGUCACAACGGAUUUGAGCCCCUUUAAAUGGGUCAUCCCAUGCGGAAUACGUGACCGUCAAGUGGGGAGUAUAAAGGGCUUGCUUAAAGAAGCUCAAUCAUGUAUUGCUCAUGGAACAUCUGUUUUGCACGAUUUGGAUGAUACCAGUCUUAUUCAUAUUACUUACAGGUCCUUGAUUGAAGAGUUCUCACGAGCGUUUCAGCUUGAGUACCAUUGUAAAACUAUUUCUGUACCUGUUUUGUGUAAAAGGAAACCAAGCUGUUUUUCAAAAGAAACGCAGCAAAGUUGAAUUUGUUUGAUGCAACAUGGUAGCCCACUAGUCCCUUGAUUACUGUAUAGUAUUAUGCACCAGAAUACCAAUUGCUUGCAAAAAAUAGCUAGCUGAUAACAUUAUAAACAAUUUUUGUCCACUUUUCAAAUGAAAAUUGGGGGAAACAACCAAGUGACAUUUUCAAAACAGAAUGAAUGAACUCCCAUUUUGCUUU